AUGCCGACAAAGCAGGAGCUGUGGAACUGCAAUGGCAGCGGCUCGAUGAUAUUGUACGUCAAUGGAUUUAAAUCACCAUCUCCAAUGACCUUCUCAACAAUAUUCUCAAUCAGGAUGACUGCUCAAGAUGUGUGGACUCGGUUGGUGCACUUAUUUCAAGAAAACAAGUCUGCUAGGGCACUUUACCUUGACACCCAAUUCACCAACACGAAGUUGGACCAAUUCUCCGGUGUCAAACCUUACUGCACCCGCAUCAAAGUCCUAUCUGACCACCUUCGAAACGUGGGGGCACAUGUUUUUGAGGAUCUUAUGGUGCUUCGCGUACUGCAAGGCAUCUCUGCUGAAUAUAAAUCUUUCCGUAACGACGUCCAACACCGGGUUCCUAUGCCUCCCUUUGAGGAGGUGCGCACAAUGCUGGAAUUUGAAGAAGAGUCACUCGCCGAGGGUCCCAUUGAUACAGGUUCGGAUACUCCUCUUUUCAAUUCCCAUUUUGAUAAUGCAGUGAAUGUUAGUUAG